AUGGGAGAGGAAAAGCUAUUAUGUAAUUCUUUUCACGAACUUCACCACCGUCGACGAUGUCCAACGCAAGCCACCAGACCUCCUUCUGAAACUGAAAGAAACUACCUCCGCAGCAGCACGCGAGAUCUUGAACAGUUAACCCGCCAUUGCGUAUGCACUCAUAAAUCUCCUGGUGAGCAUGAAUGCGAUAGACGUGGAAGUUUCAAAGCAAACAUGGGCGGAAUUCGGUUCAAGUGUUGCCCAAGCUGCUCCGACGGGUGCUACACCUGUAGUACCCCUUUCUGUGCCCCAAAGGCCAGCGUCGGCAGUACCGCCCCACAUGCAGCAGCAACAGCCCCAUUCACGAACGUCUACACCUCCAUCGGCUGUGUCACCAGUAACGCCUCCCCAACAACAACAAAGUUACGCCUAUGCGAAUGGCUAGCAAUACUACGGCGCUCCUGCCCCCCAGCAAGCUUACGGAUAUCAAGGCUACCCGUACCAUCAAGCACAAGUGGCUUAUCCUGGCUAUCCUUCACUGUACGGGGAACCUCAACCCCCCUCCGCAGGCACCACAAACAUCAGUUUUGCCAGAAACCUUUGCCGCUAUUCCGGAUGACCAGAAGGCACUUGUUAUGUGGAUCCUUUCGAUGA